UACAGCUCCUUCUCCGCCGUCCUGCCCUGGACCACCUGUGGCAACCCCUGGAACACGCCACAUUGUGUAGUUGCCCUUCACACUGGACUAAAUAGUUCAGUAUAUGCUCCAAUGGAACCAACACAAGCCAGCAAUAUCCCAGAAUGUACAACUGCAAACACAGAUGUAGGAUAUGCAGAAACUAAUGAAACUUCUAAUGCCAUUGUUCAUACAUCAGUGGAAGAGUUCUGGCAGAACAAGGCUCUUGGCGUUUCGUCAGGGAUAGAUGACCUUGGCGCCAUCCAACCCCAUAUCGCCAUCUGCUGGUUCAUCACAUGUGUUGUUGUUUUUCUGUGCGUCGUCAAGGGAAUCAAAUCACUUGGAAAGGUGGCAUUUAUGUUUGCUGUUGAUCACUAAUAUAACACUGAAAUAUAUAAAUAGAUUUUAUUUUUCUUAUCUGGAUUACAUACAUGCUACGUGAUGCAGUGACCAUGUUGCGGUUUCACUAACACAAAAUUGCAAUUUUGAGUACAAUCUC